GGGCGUGACGUGCCGGUGGCGCGGGCCGCUGGGAGCUGGCCGGGAUCUGUGCUCACCCCCCCUCCCCCUCCCACUACGGGUCGCGGCUGGGGGCGUCCCGGCGUCGGGGACGCGGCUCCCCCCUCUCCCUCCCUCGCCCCAACGCUUCGAUCCAAGAUGGCGGCGCUGAGCAGCGGCAGUAGCGCGGAGGGGGCCUCGCUCUUCAACGGGGACAUGGAGCCCGAGCCGCCGCCGCCCGCGCUUGGCGCCUGCUACGCGGGGGGCAGCAGUGGCAGCGGCGACCCGGCCAUCCCGGAGGAGGUGUGGAAUAUCAAACAGAUGAUUAAGUUAACACAAGAACAUAUAGAGGCACUGCUAGACAAAUUUGGAGGAGAGCAUAACCCACCGUCAAUAUAUUUAGAGGCCUAUGAAGAGUACACCAGCAAACUAGAUGCUCUACAGCAGAGAGAACAGCAGUUACUGGAAUCCAUGGGGAAUGGAAUAGAUUUCUCUGUCUCCAGUUCAGCUUCAACAGACACAGUGGCAUCAUCUUCCUCCUCUAGCCUCUCUGUAGCACCUUCAUCCCUUUCAGUUUAUCAAAACCCUGCUGAUAUGUCACGGAAUAACCCUAAGUCUCCACAGAAACCUAUUGUUAGAGUCUUCCUACCCAAUAAGCAACGGACUGUGGUUCCAGCAAGAUGUGGUGUGACAGUCCGAGACAGCCUAAAGAAAGCUCUGAUGAUGAGAGGUCUUAUUCCAGAAUGCUGUGCUGUUUACAGAAUACAAGAUGGAGAGAAGAAACCAAUUGGCUGGGACACUGACAUUUCCUGGCUCACAGGAGAGGAGUUGCAUGUGGAAGUCUUGGAGAAUGUGCCACUCACAACACACAAUUUUGUACGGAAAACAUUCUUCACGUUAGCAUUCUGCGACUUCUGUCGGAAGCUGCUUUUCCAGGGGUUCCGCUGCCAGACCUGUGGCUACAAAUUUCACCAGCGCUGCAGUACAGAAGUGCCACUGAUGUGUGUCAACUAUGACCAACUCGAUUUGCUGUUUGUCUCCAAGUUCUUUGAACAUCACCCCAUACCACAGGAGGAGGCCUCCUUAGGAGAGACUACCCCAGCAUCUGGAUCGUACCCCUCAUUGCCCCCCUCAGAUUCUGUUGGACCACCAAUUCUCCCUAGUCCUUCUCCUUCAAAAUCCAUUCCAAUCCCACAGCCCCUCCGACCAGCAGAUGAAGACCAUCGGAAUCAGUUUGGGCAACGUGACCGGUCCUCCUCAGCUCCCAACGUUCACAUCAAUACAAUUGAGCCAGUCAAUAUUGAUGAGUUGAUUAGAGACCAGGGUUUACGAGGAGAGGGAGCCCCUUUGAACCAGCUGAUGCGCUGUCUUCGGAAAUACCAAUCCCGGACUCCCAGUCCCCUCCUUCAUUCUGUCCCCAGUGAAAUAGUGUUUGAUUUUGAGCCUGGCCCAGUGUUCAGAGGUUCAGCUGCAGGUUUGUCUGCAACACCUCCUGCCUCUUUGCCUGGAUCACUUACCAAUGUGAAAGCAUUACAGAAAUCACCAGGACCCCAACGGGAAAGGAAAUCAUCCUCAUCCUCAGAAGACAGAAAUCGAAUGAAAACACUUGGUCGACGGGAUUCAAGUGAUGAUUGGGAGAUACCAGAUGGACAGAUCACAGUUGGGCAAAGGAUAGGAUCUGGAUCAUUUGGAACAGUCUACAAAGGAAAGUGGCAUGGUGAUGUGGCAGUGAAAAUGUUGAAUGUUACAGCACCCACACCUCAACAGUUACAGGCUUUCAAAAAUGAAGUAGGAGUUCUCAGGAAAACAAGACAUGUGAAUAUCCUGCUUUUCAUGGGUUAUUCAACAAAACCCCAGUUGGCUAUUGUUACACAAUGGUGUGAGGGGUCCAGCUUAUAUCACCAUCUACACAUCAUUGAGACCAAAUUUGAAAUGAUCAAAUUAAUUGAUAUUGCACGACAGACUGCACAAGGCAUGGAUUAUUUGCAUGCCAAGUCAAUCAUCCACAGAGACCUCAAGAGUAAUAAUAUUUUUCUUCAUGAAGACCUCACAGUAAAAAUAGGUGAUUUUGGUCUAGCUACUGUGAAAUCACGAUGGAGCGGAUCCCAUCAGUUUGAACAGUUGUCUGGAUCUAUUCUAUGGAUGGCACCAGAAGUUAUUAGAAUGCAAGAUAAAAACCCAUAUAGCUUUCAGUCCGAUGUGUAUGCAUUUGGGAUUGUUCUUUAUGAACUGAUGACUGGACAGUUACCAUACUCAAACAUCAACAACAGGGACCAGAUAAUUUUUAUGGUGGGACGAGGAUACCUAUCCCCAGAUCUCAGCAAAGUACGGAGCAACUGUCCAAAAGCUAUGAAGAGGCUAAUGGCAGAAUGCCUAAAAAAGAAGAGAGAUGAGAGACCCCUUUUUCCACAGAUUCUUGCCUCCAUUGAGCUUCUGGCCCGGUCAUUGCCAAAAAUUCACCGCAGUGCAUCUGAGCCCUCAUUAAACCGGGCUGGCUUCCAGACAGAGGAUUUUAGUCUAUAUGCUUGUGCUUCUCCAAAAACACCCAUCCAAGCAGGGGGAUACGGAGAAUUUGCAGCGUUCAAGUAGCCACAGCACCAUGGCAGCACCCACUCUGUUAUUUAAGUCUUGUGUUCCUACAGUUUCUUAACAUCAAAACUCUAUUCUGCUCCACAAAAACCUAAAGUUAUUUAGAAAAGAUAUUCAUAAGCUUAAAAGUGGAGCAGAAUGGAACUGCCAGUCCAACACAAUGGGGAAAAGUACCUUUUGGGGAACCAGAAUCCUCUGCUGCCAGUGUUUCUCCUUCAACACAAACCACCACGUGCAUUCGGAGACCCACAGUGGCUGCCUGUGCCGUUGGCAUCAUUCCCAGGAGAGGAGAGGGCGCUCGUGGUUUGACUGUGGUGCGCGGGCAUGAGGGGAUGGAACUGCUGCUGCAACUUAUGAGACUUGCUUUGGAUGGUCUGCAACUUAUGAGACUUGCUUUGGAUGGUCUGCUGGUCGGCUUUUCUCCUCUAACAACGUACCAUCAGAGGCUGAGAGUCUGAUGAGUGCUAGUUUAAAAGAAUCAUCCUCUGUUCUGAUCUUUUUUUUUUCCUGGUGUACUCACUGGUUUAUGGACAAUGCAGUAUCCCCUUUUCACUGUAUCACAGUGUCAGAUACCUAAAUCUGUCUAUAUGAUUGGUUUUACUCCAGUAAAAUUAAGUGUGGGGUGAUGGGAGAUGGGGAAGACAUUGCUCUAGAGGUGAAGAGGUUACUCUGAAGGAAAAGGGGAUGCUGCUGCACCUGUUCUGAGAUUUACUUUAUCACUUCUUCAAGAAACAACCAACCUUAACCUUUUUCCUUUUCCAGCAUUUUCUUGGUGUGUGCAUAUACAACAUCUUUUAGAAGGAUUAGGUAGAUCCUUCUUGUGUUGGUCCAGCAAACUGAAGUUGGAAAAAAAAAAACCAAAAGAUGUAGCGAGAUUGUCCUCUGAUUUUUGUUUCUUUUGUAUCGUACGAUACAAGGUAUUUAUCGAGGAUGCUACCACGGCAUCUGAAGUCUGUAGAACUCCUGAUACAGACUGUGAAUGGUGUAUGUACCUACUUUAAAAGUUUUAUUUUAAACGAGGGUGCAGGUUAAUGCCAGGUACCUUACCAAUAUGUAAUGUUUUCAUAAAUGGAGAAAAAAGUUCUCAGGUUGAAUUGAAUACAAAUACAAACCCCCCUAGAAUUAGACAUUCCGGAAAUUGUUUUGGUACUCUCAAGAGCUUUUUUUAAAGGAUUUUUAUCCUGUUAACUAACUGUCCUCUGAUAAGUGUGUGUGUAAAUGUGGAGCAUCUUGUCCUAAUGGCAAGCUGUUAGAUCAAAACAAAAUGGUACUUGCUGGAUCCACGCUGACUACUUUCCCUCUCAUUGCUCUCUUCCAGGUCAUCCCUUCCCUUCCAUUUGUCUUUCCCUUCUUAAGACUUUGCAAAAUAGGACGAAGGUGGCGGUAUCUCCAUUAAAGUGCUUUGUUUUCCUGUCCUCCAAUCCUGGUUUUCAAAUGGUUGGUAGCUUUUUGACAAGUUACCCAGUCAGGGAAAAGACAGUUCAUAAAGAUCUGCACAUCAUUUACCUCUAGUAGAGUAUCUCAUGAUGUGAUCUGUUUGCAGAGUUCUCCGAUAUUACAUGUAAAUUAUUUGUACCGAGGGAAGUCAGACCACAUUAGGAAGAAAUUUAAGCUCAGACUGAAGCUUUCAGAAUUUGAUUCGUAUCUGCCCUGUACCACUCCAGGUGAGGCAGGAGAACCAACCCACCUCCAGUGGGGAGGUUCUUGCUGGGUAAAGGUGUGGGCUGUUAAAAGAAAAUCAUGACAAAUAAAUGAAGGAGUUAAAUGUGUGUGAAUAUGGUGUCCAUGCCAAACAUGGAUGUUUUGGUUGAGGAUGCUAAUCUUCCCUCCCUGUGAGAGCUGGACUGUUUCUGUCUGCAGAAGGUUGCUCCAAGGCAAAGGGGGGAAAUGUACAUCAGUAGCAGAACAUGCUUUUAAAACCCUGGAGUUCUGCAGUGUUGCUGGUAGUCUGUUAUGUUUGUCAGUAAAUGUUUACUGGAGUUACAGGGACCAGACUAACCUGAAGUGGGAAUUAUAACUGAAAUACUGUGUAUUCAUCUUAAUUCCAUAAAUAUUAGCAAGACAGCAAUAGUGAAUGACUUAAUAGUCACUACAAGAAUGAAGUGAUUCAUGUUGGUACAUGAAUAGAAUUGAUUUUGUGUACAGGAUGCAUUUUAAAAAAGAGGGGAAAAAAAAAGCACAAAUUUUUUCUUGUCUGCUGUGGAUCUUCAGAUGCUGUAAGGUUUUUUCCUUAUUGAGAUUGGCAGGAAUUUAAAUAGUAGCAAUAGCCACUUCCCAGUGUGGAGAAGCUAAUGAGCAAGCAGUGGUUUGCAGACUAGUGAAGUCGGAGUGUUCCCUGGUGAUCACCUGAGGCCAGCACCUCAGAGGUGGAAGGAUCCUGAGGCCAUGAGUCAGCAGGCAGUUGAGAGCAUUUGCAGAUACAUAGUCCUAGACAGUAAGGUAGUCACUGCUCCUCCUUCUUCCACCCCAUGCACUGCUCCAGCCCCUGUAUGGGCUGUGGCCUAAUUUGUACAUGUUUCUGAAUGUUAAUUCAGAAAUUAACAUUCUCCUGAAAGAAACUGUUACUGGAGCAAGUAUGUACAGGUGGUUUAACUGUCAUUUGUUUCACAGAGCUUGUUGAAAGCCCUAGUUUCCUUCCACAAAGGUCAUGCUGGCAGAAGAUUGUCUGCUAAAAUAUAACUGUUAGGAAUUUCAUUCUAUCUUUGCUGAAAAUGAACUUACUUUCGUGAAGAUUCCUUACCCAUUAGUCUACAAUAUGCUUCUUGAGCCCAUAGGAAAAGCACAAGGAAAAUUGCUGUCCUUGUCCAUGCAAAGCACUUUAUAAGUAACAGAUGAUCUCUGGGGUUUGUUUAUUGGGGUUUGUUUGCUUGUAAUUUUGUUUUUCUUAUUGUGUUUGGUUUGUUUUUUUGUUUUUCCUGAGGAAUGUGCAAGUUGUAUGGCUGCUGUUCAGAGAAGUCCUUUCAGGAUGCAUUUCUACUGGUUUUCAUGUUUGUUUGUUUCCCUCCAGAUAGCUGUAGUAAUGUGUGUUUGUCUGUAAGAGGUCCCCUGUAAUACUCAUGCAAAAUUGGGAAGAAAUGUGGUUUGUAAAUAACUAGGACUUUUUUUUCCUUUUCUUUUUU